AAGUGGGGAAUUGAAAUGGACCUCUUGUUCAAGUACCUCGUUUAUUUUGUGUGUUAUAGUAAUAGAAGUAAAUUUUUUGUUUGCAGUCUAGAUGUAUGUAUGUUGUCACAGCUUUACCAAGACAAUGGCUACACAUACAAGCCUGCUACCCAGUGUCUACAGUGGUUACAGUUAUAUUUCAACAGUAAAGACAACAAAGAACCUGUUAAACCAAACAUUUGCUCACAUAUUGGAAAAGAAGGAUCUUUCACAUACAAAGUUUGGUUCACUCUGUUACAUAAAAUUCCAUUUGGGAAGACUAUUUCGUACAAGUCUCUAGCUGAGCUGUGUGGUAACGAGAAGGCAUGUCGUGCAGUAGGUCAGGCCAUGAGCAACAACCCAGUGAGCUUCGUGAUCCCAUGCCACAGAGUAAUACAGGAAAAUGGGGGACUCGGCAACUACUCACAUGGUACAAGAAAUAAGAUGAAAGAGUGGUUGCUUAGACAUGAGGGUGUUUUGAAGUAGAACAGUAAUGCUAUGUAACUUACAGGAACAUAGCCUUUAUAAGCUUACAUGUGGAAACUGUGAUGAGAUGUUUUUAUUGAAGAUGUAUGCUUAUAGUAUGUGGAAAAGGUAUUUCUAUAACAAUAAGACUAUCUGAAGGUAGGAGAAUAAAGCCACUUCAUCGAGGAAAAAGCAUUGAAAAUAUUGACACAUAGAUACAAGCAGUUGACUUUGAGGAUAUACUGUGCCAGACUUUGUAAAUUGUUUAUGUCCUAUUCUACAGUUAUAAACUGUACAAUUUGUUAACCACCUUAUAUCUUUACAUUGCAAGCAUGUUUGUCAUGUUUGAUACACUAUGAAUGGCUGCCCCUCAAACUGAAUAGAAUGUCCUCACCGGUGUGGGUUAGAGCUGGAACAACUGAUACGGGGACUGGAAUGCGGCAUUUAUCUUAUCUUAUGCUGUCGUCCAAUCGAAGCGUAUGCCGUAGGUUAUUCUGCUAUUACUCACACACUUACGCCUUACAGUUUAAAUCGUCCUUUUAAUGAAAAUCUGGGAAAGCAUUUGUUGAAUUUUUUUGUUGAAAACAAAAGUUCUGCCAUGAAAUUAUUGCCUGCAUCUGUUUUUAAAUGGAAAAUAUCUACAUUAAUGUUACUUUUUGCCCUGUGAAAAUGGCUUAAUCUAGGCUUGUCUUACCCAGAAAGAAAGAUGUCGUUUUUUACAUGAUGUUUGCCUUGUUGAUUCAGAGUAUUUAGAACAAUAAAAUUAGGACAUAUUUUAAUGAAAAUAGCAAGUCGAAACUGUAAACUGUUGUCUGAAAAUAUUUGUUUAUGAUAUUGCUUUGUUCUUCACCAUCUGAAUACGUGUUAAACCUAGAUGAUUUUCUGCAGUUUUAUCUAAAAGUUCGGAAUACUAAAUGUAACUUCGUUGUCGGCCUUUUUUUAAAAAUUUCAUUGUUAUUUUAAUUUAAAUACAUUGUAUUUUUCACACAUCAGUUUUAAGAUUAAAUUAAUUAAACUAAUUUUUGGAGUUUAUACAACAAUUUCGUUUGAAUCAUUCUGUGCGUUCAAGAAGAAUGUUUGUUUCUGUAUGUAGAAAUCUGACAUUAUAAACAAUAAUUAUAAUUAUGGCUCUACAAGAUUAAGAAAAGUGUCAGCUUUCUGUUUUUUUUUUCCAUUUUAUUUAUUCAAAUCCAACAAAAAUCGGUCCUUUGAUAAAGGUUUGAAGUUACGUGGUAAAAUAUUUAUUCAGGGAAGUGAGCUCGAGUUAAUUCAUAAUAAUUAAGCAUAUCACCACAUGCAGUCGCAUGCUGUUUUUCCUUCAGAAUCCCUUUAGAUCAAUCUCUGAUCAUCUAAUUAUCGCCACUUAACAUGUGACUGGUAAACCCUUUGAACAAAAAGCGUUAUAGCUCCAUGAUUAACAUGAGGUAAUACGCUAAUUACACGCUAACUGAUAGUAGCGAAAACAAAAUAUCGAUCGCUAAUGACUGGUCGAUAUUUACAGGUUUGGAUGACAGCAUAUUACAGAUAAAUGUAUUGAUUAUAUGGAGUGUCUACUCCCCGUAUUAGACCUUCCUGGUUAGAGCCUCCCUCAGGGCAUUAAAAUCUUCAUGAGAGGAAGCCAUGAACUUCAUGUGAGGAAGAUGGCUUACGGAAAGUCACUGGUUCUACCCAGGUGUCCGCUCAUCAAAGCCGGAAAGUCGCCAUUUGACCUAUAAUUGAAUCGGUGAUGUUAAACUUAUCCCAAACAAAAAUGAUUAGAAUAUCUGGUAAAACUACCUGAUUGGAAGUUUUACGCCUCCUUCUGAGUGUUGCAUGGAGGCGACAAUUGUCUGUCUAGUAUGUCCCAAACUCCUCUUGCAUUAAAAGAUAGAAUUCAGGGCUAGAAUUUAAAUUCUUUACAUGCUAGUGCAAAAAUUUCAACUUGCAAAGUUUCAGCUUUACUUGCAGUUUCGAUCUGCCAUGAUUUGGUACAAACUUUGUAGGCAUGAUUAUCUGAAAAUUAUUUCUCUGCGACAUUUUGCCAGUUUUAAAGUCUCGGUAAAAUUUAUUAUGUAUAAAGAUACAGAUUACAUAUUAAAAACACCAGACCAGUCUACUGGGUAUAUGCAUUGUGUAAAACAUCAUUUGUCUAUCCAUGAUGUAUAAACACCACAGCAAUGUAUUUGCAGUAGGUUGAAACUGAAAAUUGAAGAAAUGAGAACCAGCAUCAUUUCCAUAAAUUUGUGAUUGUAGUAGGACAUUAUGAAGUAUAUGGAGAGCAGUCUGACUCCUCCUCCCAUCAUUGUCUGUGUCAGCAUCCACAGCUUGGCUUAAGUUUUGAUGCAUUUUCGCUUUAUCUCUGUCAAACUUAAGGACGGUUGCGGCAGUUUUUGGUAAAAAAGUUCCCAAUACUAGAAUUUGUUCAAACUUUGUAUAUGAACACAGUGUCACGUUAGGAACAGAAUUAUGAAAAAAGAUUGAAGGUCACCGUUCUUAUUCAGGAGUUAUCUGCCCUUUAAUAUGCAAAUUUGAAGAAAAAUCCAGUGUUAAGGGUGGGUAACUCCUAAACAAGCUCGGUGACCUAUGCUUGUUUUUGCAUUUUUCUGUUUCUAUCAUGAAACUGUGUCCAUAUACAGAGUUUGAACAAAUUCUAUUAUUGGGAAAUUUUUGCCCAAUCUCUCAUACAAGAAACUGCAACAAGUGUCUUUAACCCUUAGCCUGCUCGCGGCAAGUGAUUCAGCCUUUGCGACCAGUGCAGACCAAGAUCAGCCUGCACAUCCGUGCAGUCUGAUCUGAUCAUGGUCUGCACUGUUCGCUAUUAAGUCAGUAUAUUUUUGGUGAACACCCCUUUAAACAGUUAAUGGCACUGUCCAAAUUGAAAGAUGGAGAAGUUCAUUCUAGAAAUUUAGCAGGGUAAAAGUUAAGAUAGUUGUUCCUCAUCAUGCAUCGUGAUGCAACACCUGUAAUUCUUGCAUGUUUGGGUUAAAGUUUUGAUGCACAUUCACUCUUACUAUUUCUAAGUUGAAUUGAUUCAAACUUUAAAUAGUUCUUCCUAAUCAUCACCCACAUAAUAUGACACAAGGUUCAUAACGUAGCACCAAUAUUUCAUGAAAUUAUGCCCCCUUUCUACGUAGAAUUUCUGAAAUUUUCAGGUUAAGAAUCUGAUGGUCUUUCGAGACUGUCUCUGUUAUUAAUAAAUGGAUUUGAAUUGACCUUAACCCUUAACCUGCUAUAUUUCUAUAAUGGACUGGUCCAUCUUUCAAUUUGGACAGUACCACUUAUUACUCAAAGGGGUUUUCACUGAAAAUGUACUGACUGAAUAGCGAACAGUGCAGACCAUGAUCAGACUGCACGGAUGUGCAGGCUGAUCUUGGUCUGCACUGGUCGCAAAGGCAGAAUCAUCUGCCGCCAGCAGGCUAAGGGUUAAAAUAGAUGUUCCGCAUUAUAUGACUCCAGGUGCAUUACUCUGGCAGAAAUAGACCAUGAAUUAUGUCACUUAAAGGUCCACUACUAACGCCCGAAUGAGUAUUAUAUGAAAACCAAAGUUUGUAGCUGAGACUUCAUAUUUACUGAAAAUAUGACCCACUGCAUCGGAUCUGACCAAAUAAUCAUGAAUAUGUUUAAGAAUAACCUGUGAACAAAUAAACAAAAACCUUUUGCCUAUUUCAAACCGAAAGUAUGUUUUCUGACUGCUUACGAACCCAUCGCGCAUCUUCAUUUUUUUUUUCGGAAGAAUGCUCCGAAUCGAUGCUAUAAUUGGUAUAAUGGAUGCAAAAUAUAUUAAUAUGCCCCUAAGAUAACGUGAUGUUUACAAAAAUAGCAUAGGGAAUUCAACAUUUUUGUAACUGGUCAAAUCUUUUGACGUGUGGGUUCGAAACUCAUGGCAGUUAAUUUCACACACAAAACUUCAUGAAAAUCAUUCUUAUAAUACAGGUAAUAUACAGCCAACUACAAGUUUUCAGGUGGACGAUUUAGGUCCUUCCCGAAUAAAUGUGUUUUCACAACUUCAUCUGCAAACUUAUUCAGUCAAAUCUUUUUUCAGCAUAGUUUUGAGAAUAUAGAUGAAUAACUAUCUUACACUGUAGAAACAAAAUGUGAUUGAAAUUUAACUGAAUACACUGAUUUAUGUACAUAUUGCUACAUUAAUUCGAUAAUAUACAUUGUCUUGGCCUAAUAUAUGUCACUGUCAAUUUGAAACUAAAAUCUUGUUUAUGUUAUAUUUUUCAUGCAAAUCAUGUAUAAUUACCAUCAUGGAAAUACUAAAGAAUACAGUUA